ACUGCGGCAAAGGAACCGGGAAUCUCAGUGGCAUGGGGGAGGAGGGAGGAUGUUUCUCCACCACCCCAACCCCCCAUGUCUGUGGUGAAGUCAAUCGAAUUAGUGUUGCCCAAGGAUGCAGUCUACCUGGCCGGCUCCAGCAUAAAAGGGCAGGUGGUUCUAAUCCUGAACAGCACCCUGGUGGACCCUAUAGUGAAAGUGGAGCUGGUGGGAAGGGGUUAUGUGGAGUGGAAUGAAGAAAUCGGGGCAUCCCGUGAUUAUAGCAGAGAUGUUAUUUGCAACAACAAGGCCGACUAUGUGCAGAAGAUGAAGACGUUCCCAGUAGAGGAUAAUUGGUUAAGUGCAGGCAGCCACACCUUUGACUUCCAUUUCAGCUUACCUCCCAGGCUUCCUUCUACCUUCACCAGCAAAAUCGGCCACGUCUUCUACUUCGUGCAAGCCUCCUGCAUGGGCCGGGAGCACAUUCUGGCGAAGAAGAGAAUGUACUUGUUAGUUCAAGGGACUUCGGACUUCCACAAAGAAAACCCACUGCAGAACCCUCUAUUGGUGGAGGCUGAGAAGAAGGUCUCCUACAACUGCUGCAGCCAGGGCACCAUCUGCCUACAAAUCCAGAUGGAGAAGAACACCUUCACGCCGGGGGAGAGGGUCAUCUUCACCACGGAGAUCAACAACCAGACCAGCAAGUGCAUCAAGACGGUCAUCUUUGCCCUCUACGCCCACGUGCAAUACGAGGGCUUCACCCCCAACGCGGAGCGGCGGUCGCGGGCGGACAGCAGUGAGCUGCUCCGGCAGGAGGCCAACACCCAGAUCACGCCUUUCAACACCACCAAGAUCGUCAGCGCCCUCAACCUCCCGCAGGUGCUGUCCGUGAGCAGCAGCACACGCGACAGCGAGAUCAUGAGCACCCACUACGAGCUGGUCAGCACCGUCCACCUGCCCUGGUCCCUGACCAGUGUGAAGGCCAAGGUUCCCAUCAUCGUCACCAGUGCCCCUGUGGACGCGGCCAGCUGCCAGCCGGUGGAGGGGACGGCGUUAGCCCUGAGCCAAGAGCGCCAGAAUUAAGUGCCCAAACUUCUAAAUAUUAAAAGCUCUAUCAGACUCUA